AUGUCCCAGGAAGAGGUUAAGGAAAAUAUAUCAACUCCCAUAGAAGAGGAAACUCCCGUAGUGGAUAAUACAUCGCCUACUGAGAUAACAGAAGAAAAUAAAAAGGAAGUCGCCGAAGAAGAAGCAGAUGGUAUGGAUGAUCUAUUUGGUGACGAAGAGGAAGAAGAUGAAAACAAAUCGGUUGACGAACAGUCUGAGGAUGAUGAUAUUGGGAGUCGUCCAAGACGUACGGAUAUAGAUGAGGAGGAAGCCAUGUAUACUAGAAAAUUCUACGGUGAUGAUGAUUACAAUAGAUACUCUUCUGAUCAAGACAAUGCGUUACACCAUUUCAAAGAAGAAAAUGUGGAAUUGAUUAGACAUAUGGUUCCAUACAAAACGUCAUCUGAGAAGACUGAUGAAACAACAGUUUACUAUGCUAAAGUACCACCUUUCUUAACCAUUAACCCUGUGCCAUUUGACCCUAUUGCAUUUGAAUCAGAUGUUAGGGAUAGACUUUCGAAUUAUUCAUCUAAGGAGGAUCAAUUGGGUGACCGUUUAAUUGAUGAAAAUACCGUUAGAUGGAGAUAUUCUCGAGACGCCAACCAACGAGUCUUUAAGGAAUCUAAUGCUCAGAUCGUCCAAUGGUCGGAUGGUUCCUUUUCUUUGAAACUUGGGGAUGAAUACACUGACAUAUUGGUGAAUGAAACAAACAAUACAUUCUUAGCUGUAUCUCAUGAUCAACAGGAACUAAUGCAAUGCUACAAUGGGGGUGAAAUUACUAAGACUCUAAUGUUUAUUCCUACAUCUACUAACUCCAAGAUUCACCAACAAUUAAGUAAAGCAGUCACAAGGAGAAAUCAAAGGGAACAUUUGGGUCCUGGUACUAUGAUCAUUAACAGAGAUCCAGAAGUGGAGAAAAGAGAAUUGGAAAAGAAGCAAGGUCAGAUUAUUAGAGAUAGAAGGAGACGACAACUCAAAGAGAAAGAACUCUUAGAGUCACCUGAUACUACAAUGGAUGUCUCUGGUGGAUACGAGACAAGAAAACGUAACACUCCGAAUCCAUCUCUUGGGAGUAGGAGACAAGAUGAAUAUGAAGAAGAUGAUUUCUUAGUAGAUGAUGAAGAUGAAGAAGAUUUCAUUGAAGAUGAUGAGGAGGAGGAAGAAGAGGAAGAAGAAGAAGACAAUGAUGAGGAAAAGGCAGAGAGGUUGAGGAAUGCAAAGAGGAGUGGGUACGAUGAAGACAACCAAGAAAGUGGGACGGAAAAUGAAAGCAGUUCCUCUAAAAAGAGGAGAGUUGCUGUAAUCAACGAUGAUGAGGACGAUGAAUAG